GAGAUUUUGUCUACUUUCGAUUUUGAAUUAAUUUCUUUUUCUUCAUGUAUGCCAUUGCAAAUAAUUAUAUGCUUAUUUCAGUUUAAGUUAUAGAAAUAGUUUAUUUUUUACGCUAUAAUAUUAUUAUUUGAAUAUGCGUAAAUAAAUGUAUGUUAGAAACAAAUGACUGAGUUUUGAACUUUGUUUACUAAGGUAUCAUCAUAGAUUUUUAAAAAAAUAUCCAUUUGUACCCUUCUCUUAUGUGGAAGAACAGAUAGUUUGGGAUUUCAUCAAAAUGUCUGGACUUGCUGAAAUCUUGUUGCAAGAAAUUGAAAAGAAUGGGAGCAUUCAAUCUCUUGAAUUUUCUGAGAGACAAGGUUUAAAUCAUCAAAACAUCGUUGGCGCCAUUAAAAGUUUGGGAUCUUUGGGCAGUGUAAGUAACUAAUAAGUAUGCUUUUAAAGUUUUAUUAUGUAAAAAUCAAAUCAAUAUUGUAUGUAGUAUGUAGGCACUUGAAUACAAAUUUUUUUUAAAAUUGAAAUAAUUUUUUUUAAUAACACAGUUAGUUAGAGCAAAUUAAAAAAUGAAACCAGAAUCAACUUAUUAGCUUAAGUAAUUUUUGAGCUAUGAAUUUUUAAAGUGUGAGUGCGUUUGGCUUUGGUAUUUUUUACUAUGGACGAAACCACCACGACCACAUCUUGUGACCUCAUUCCGCUGAUCGCGUCAUGUGCAAUGACUAUAUACUUUAUAUAAGGCAACGCAUCGCCUUAUCACUAAAAUACUGUUUAGGGUUGACUUAGUUUAAACUUUCAACUUUGGCACAUGAAUAAUUAAUUAAAGCUUUCCCUGACCAAUAGUAUAGUAGUUUUUGCACACUGCAAACUCUUAUUCUUAUGAAUGAAACUCUGAGGUAGUACUAGGAUACAGCCAUUAUGCAAGUGGCUGUGAAUGGUUGCCAAUGACAACGUGUUGCACACUGUAAAUUCUGAUAAUUUAUAAUAUGGAUUCUACCGGGUUGUUAAAGCUCAAAUUAAAACUUUCCAGUUUAAAUGCCUUCAAAAUGCAUUCUGAAACACAAGUUAUCAAAUAUUUUGAUGUAAAUAGUGGUAAUAAAUUAAUAUUUCCUAAGUAUCAGCAACUUCCGCCAUUAAAAAAGGGGGCGUGGCCCACCCCAUGGCGAAAUUAGGUUGAGCGAACUGCAUGACCUGCUGCGAACGCAUAGAAACAUGGCGUCUCUCGUAAGACACUUAUCGCUGUAAAAAUUGGCAUACAUGUAGAUCAAUACAUUCCCCAGAUGCAAAAAAAAUUUGGUAGUGACAAAUCUUUUCCUUCGACUUAAUUUCAAUGAUGAAAGUUGCCUUAUAUUUACCAAGGAUUUUCUCAAAGCUGACUGAUUGUAAAUGAAAAAGAAAUUGAUUAAAAUGUAGGCCAAGAUGUCUACCUAAUUAUAAGGCCAAAAACGGAACUCAAAUAUAUAUCGAAAGUACUAAUUUAAUAAUAAAUAGACACACACAUCGGAAAAUUAAAAACUCGGAUUUUUCUGCGCCGAUUUCUAUUUCCGAUACACAAAGUAGUAGUCUCCCUUGUUUCAUCGAAGUAUCUAAAUAUUGCCAGUUUUUGCUACGUACGCCAUACACUUAGAUUAGACUUUCAGUGAGUUCUAGUACAUUUCAGUUUCUUGUACUAAGACUCGACUAAGAGAGAUAGUUAGUUCAACGGAACAUUAGGCACUUCGGUAAAGCAAGGGAGACUACUUCAAAAUUUGUUUGGGAGUUGGCGUAGGAGAAUCAAAGUUUUUAAUUUGCGGACUUUGAUGCUUUUUAUUUAAUUAGGUACUUUGACAUAAAUUUUAAUUAUUGGCCUAUUGUAGGUGCUUCGGUAAAGCAAGGGACACUCCUAGAAAAUUUGGCUAAUGCGAAGAGAUAGAACCCUGACAUCAUUUGCAUGUUUUGUCCAUGGUUUCGAUAGGGUCAAAACCCUGGUUCCGAUAGGUCUAAACCCUGGUUCCGAUAGGGUCAAAACCCAGGUUAGGGAUAAGUUUAGGGUUCAGGUUAGGUUUAGGGAUGGAUUUAGGAUUCAGGUUAGGUUUUGGGAUAAAUUUAGGUCAUAAGUUCACCAUGAUAAAAAAACACAGUGCUAUCUCUUCACAUUUAUCAAAAAUGCGCAAUAGUGAAUAGAAUCAGAGUUUUUAAUUUUUUUUAUGUGCAUGUAAUUUUAAUAAUACAUGAGCCCUUUUGACCCAUAACUAAGGUCUGACUCCGCCCAUUCACAUUAGGGCUUAGGAGAAAUGUUGAUCUACAUGCCCAUUGAGUUUUUUUGUUCUUUAAAUCAACUUUAAGUGAGGAAAAUCGUAUGUCAGUAUAAGGCAUCUUUCCCUCAAUAUUUCUUUAUGAAAUUCAAAGAUAAGGUCUUUCAUAUUAAAACUGGUACAUCAUUGCAUAUUGAUGUGCAUGUGUACCAAUUUUCAUUGAUGUAGAUAGUGUCCGAUGUUCAUUACGCUUGUCCUAGUAACCUGCAUUAUCAUAAAGUCACUCAGCCUAAUUUCGACAUGGCGUGGGCCACACCCCCUUUUUAAUGUAAAUAGGAAAUCUUUAAUUAUAACCACUAUUUACAUCAAAAUAUUUGAUAAACUAUGUUUUAGAAUGAACUUAAAUGUUAUUGAAAGAAUAAUAUUUUAAUUUGGAUUAAAAAAACCGGUAGACUCCAUAUUAUAAAUGAUCAUAAUUAGCCUUGUGCAAAAUGUCACGCUAUGGGCGGCCUUUUACAGUCACUUACAUAAUGGCUAUAGCAUAGUUCUAUCUCAGAGUUUCAUUCAUAAAAGUUUGCCGUGUGCAAAAGCUAUUAAACCAGUGGUCAGGGAAAACUUUAAUUAAUUAGUCAUGUGCCACAGUUGAAAGUUCAAAAUAAGUAGUUCCAAACAGUAUUUUAGUAAUUAGGGUAUUUGUUGCCUUAUAUAGACUAUAGAGCAUAUAUAGACCACAUGAGAGUUUCGUGGUCUCUACAUUAAUAAUAAGUAAUGAAAGGACUAUUGCCUAUUGGCCAAUUGAGACAAUUCGCGCCAUGAUGUCAUUUAUGUGUUAAUUUAAGAAUCUGUUUUGGAGUCUCUCCCCUUUUUUAUUUUUGGAGAAUUAUUUUUUAUCUGUUAUUAUUAAUGCGCUGAAGGAAUGUUUAGUAAAAUAUCUUUUUUGUUGCUGUUUUUUUUCUGAGUUUCUUUUCAUAUAAAUUUCAAUUUAAAAGGUCAGCUUUCUUACCAAAGUGUGUAACUGUAGCCAUAGCAGCACUUGUCUUUUUGUUGAAGGUUAGGUAUAGGUAGGUACUCAAAUACUCGCUUUGCGGGCAGUUGGAAGACGCGGGCUACUUGCCGCCUAUCGUUGUGAUCAGCUGGCGUUGACCGUUUUCAAAAUAACACCAAGCUGAGUAGUGUCUGAAAUUUUUCUUCCAGCCUAGUUAAGCAUUGAACUAUACUUACAAGGAACUAAAAAUUUAUUUUUAUAACAUUUUAGAUUAUCAAGUUUGAAGAGGUUCAAAAUACAAGAUGGGUCCUUACGGAAGAAGGAAAUUCUUUUCUUCAAAAUGGAAGUCAUGAAGCUAGAGUGUUUUAUGCAGUCCCUAAAGAAGGAAUAGCUCAAUCGCAACUAAUGGUACUGUCUUUAUUUACUAAAACAUAUUCUGAUGGAUUCAUAUUAUUUUAUAUGUUAUUGCAAAGAAAUGUAUCUCCUAUACCAGUGGUUCUAAAGCUAUGAGCAACUGCUUCCUUAUUGGGGUGCUGCAAAAUUUUUGUAAAAUUUCAUAAUUUAUUUUUUCAUUUCCAAAUGAAUGUGGUAUGACACCACUUAUGGCAAUGCAAACCAAAAAUUCAUUUGAUAAGCCUUUGCAGAUGGCUAGUUUUUUUAUGGCACUUUUUAUUUAUUUCUAUUUAAGACUUAAAUUAUUAAUUUGCUAUUUCAAAAUGUACUUGUUUGAAUUCGUGCGAUUCAACAAGUGUGCCCAGAAUUGAGAAAGUUAGAAAUGUACAGAAUAGUGAAGUCCAAAAUAUAUUGAUGAAAUUUUUAGAUAACUGUCUAGUAGUUACUUUUACAAAUCUUUAUUCUCAAAAAAUUAUCUGAUAAAUAAAUUGUUGAUCUUAUAGGCUAAUGUUCCAAAUGCCAAAGUUGGGUUCAGCAAGGCCAUGUCUGCAGGAUGGAUUAAAGUUGACAAAAGUCAAGAAGGGGGACCCAGAGUUUUAAGACAGGUAUUAACUAUAAUUUUUCCUUCAUUAAAACCACUGUUGAAACUUCCAACUAAAAAAUGGAAACUUUUACGAUUGUUUAACACAUUUUUAAAAUGUUAAAUUCCCCUAAAAUUGUGAACCCUAUUUUGUGAAUUGUGGGUUCCAUUUAUUCAUAAACAAAAUCAUUUCUCUAUCCUCUGACUGCUGCAAAUGAAUAGGUAUAAAGAUUAAUGCAAUGGAAACUCAUGUAUCCAAACUUUGUGGUAUCAGGACUUAUCUUUUUUUUACCAAGCAAUGUAGAAUCAUGUUCUGCAAGGGAUGAUCACAAUAAUAUUUCAUUUGGCGCAAGGAAAUAUAUGUCAUUGCACAAGGCUUAUAUAGAAAACUAUGAUAAUUGUUGAUACAAUUUCAUGGUAGUUACUAAUAAAGUUCAAUACUCGGAGGUCGAGAUUCCAUCUCUUAGGACCUCUGGCCGCAAAACAUAGCCUAGUAGUCCCUGGGGACUCCGGCCAUGCAACUCGGCCUUGAGUAGCGGGGUUUUGGGAAGGUUUCUUCCACUCAUGAGGGAGCAGUUUUGCGUCACAGUCCCCCUUGCCCAUUGAGUCUUACGGUCGGGGCGUAGAGUUGGAACAGCUUUGCUUCCUCUCCAGAGAUGGCGUUGAGUUGCCACCACCACCGCCCAGGGAGCUGUACGUUCCUUGGUGCGGGACGGCUUUGCUUCCUCUCCGGGAGUACUCACGAGCUUAACUUUCUCCCACCACUCCUGAGAGUUGUGCGAGCAUUUGGUUCCCAACUAAUUGUUUUACUCCGGGGAGGCGUUGCGUUGCCUCAAACCCGCUAUCCGGGAGUGGUUCGGUCUGGACUGUGAAGGGUCAAAACGGCUUUACUUCCUCUCCGGGGGAGGCGUUGCGUUACCUCAACCCACUGUUCCGGGAGUGGUUCGGUCUGGACGUGGCGGGGAUGAAGCGGUCGCCUAGGGGCGGCUUUCUCAGGGCCGCGUCUUUUAAAUCAUUGACAAGGGUUUGGGCAGCCACCCACUGCCUCAUACCCAUCAACGGCAACAAGUAAUCAUGUUAGCGCUUAAACUUCCGUUGCGUUGGAAGUCAUGCGUUUUGCCUGGGAUCUUUUAGCUUCAGAAGGAGAACUCCCCCCUACUAGUCAGGCAAGGAUUUUCCAGAGGUCCACCCUUGCCCGCCUACAUGGUAGUUACUAAAAUUGUAUAUAUGCUGUUAGUUAUUGAUUACCUGAAAUUUGUUUUUUAUUUGACAUACUACACCUGGUAACAAUUGGUGGGGAAAAUAGAAAUUCUACUCUGUAUUUCAUGCUUUUUGCCUUGUCUAUUCUGCCUGUAUGUUUAUAUAUUAUUGUUACACUUUGUUUAACAGCUGUACCUUUCAAAACCAGUGGAUGUGCUCAAUUUUUUUAUGAACUGGAUGUCUUAAUCUUUAUCUACAGGUUGAAAACAUAGAUGAUUCAGUUAAAGAAUGCCUAGACAAAAUAUCAAGAUUAGGGAUUAACGCUGUAACGGAUUCUCAGACAAAUGAUUAUAAAAAACGAAAAUUGAUUGCACAAGUGUGAGUAAAUGUUUCAGGGCGCCCGGUGUUGUGUUAACAAUUUUUUAAAAGUCAUGCUUAUUUUUAUAUAGCUUUAGUGUACAUAUAGUACAUUCUUUUGGGAAAACAAUGUGUAUUAUUUAAAAUAUUUGUUUGACAGGAAAGAAACCAGCUAUAUUGUAACAAAAGGAGAAAACUUCACAACAACAGUAAGCAAAGCUCAGAUUGACCUUACCCCUGAAAUGAUUUCCAGUGGAAGUUGGAAGACAACAGAGUUUAAACCUUACAACUUCAAAGCGCUGGGGGUACCUGCCACCAGAGGCCACCUGCACCCUUUGUUGAAAGUCAGAGAGCAGUUUCGUCAAAUCUUCCUAGAGAUGGGGUAUAUUUACUUUUUUUAAAAAUCUCAUUACUUUUAAAUAAAUCUAUUUGUUUUUACAAGCUCUGUUUUUAUACUAAGUAUAUAUAGUUUUUGUUAGUUUAAACAAAAAUGUUCUUUCUGGCAUAUCAUCUCUCUAUGAGAGAAAUGUUGAAAAGGGAAAAGAAAUAGAGUGAAUGUAAAGGGACAAAGAGAGAAUAAAAGAUUGAGAAUAGCAUAAUCUUUUCACAUAACCAGUCCACCACCCAAAAUGAUGAAUUUUUCAGGUCUUGCCAGCAUUUCCAAUUCUUAAGGUUAAGAAAUCGGCUCCACUGCUUAAUCAACAGUUACUGGCUCAGACAAAGUAGCUAUUGUCUGCGUUUCACUAUUGCAUUUUGGUAGUACUGUUUGCAUCCACCUUCUGGAAUCUCUAAAUUUAUGGCAGGCUUUGAGAGUCUUACAUAUUUUAUGUCUUGUUACUUUUAAUCCAGAUUUACAGAGAUGCCUACCAACAACUACGUUGAGUCUAGUUUUUGGAAUUUCGAUGCACUCUUCCAGCCACAGCAGCAUCCUGCUAGAGAUGCUCAUGAUACGUUCUUCCUCUUGGGUAAGUUUUGUUUGAAUUUAAAGAGUAAAGAGGACACACCAUAUAUUAUUAGAAAUAUGCAUUUGAAUCACUUUGUGAGAAAUCAAAUGCUCAAGACAUUAAUUGUGUUGAAAUGUCUUUAUUAAAAGUUUGUGUAGCUCAUUAUCAUAAAUGCAGCAGGAGAAUUUAAUGGCAAUCCAAGCUAUCUGCAUAUUUUUGCAUUAAACUUCCUGUGCAUGUAUGUGCUGUCAUUUUUAAACCAUAUUUGUUAAAAUACAUUAAAAACAGAAUCUGUCCAAUAAUCAUGCAUAAUUACAAAGAGUAAAUGAAUUUGCUGAUUGAGUUGUAAGUAUGAUUCAGUUUCUUGAGGCAUUCAUGACUUUAGAUGCUUUGAACUCUAGAGUUUUGCCAUCAUUUAUAUUCAGAGCCAGCAACUGCCAGUGCAUUCCCCAUGGAAUAUCUGGAGCGGGUGAAAGAUACCCACACCAAUGGCGGCUAUGGGUCACAGGGAUACAAGUAUGACUGGAAAGUAGAAGAAGCUGAAAAAAACAUUUUGCGUACUCAUACCACAGCAGUUAGUGCAAGAAUGUUGUACAAACUGGCUCAGGAGGUGAGCUCUAUUUUAUAAUUAAGAAAUACAAAAUGACAUUUUAAUUUAUACUUAAACUUCAAUGUUUCCAUUUUAACUUAUGUUUGGGAGUGAAACAGUAACAGACCUGUUUACCUUCAAACUCUUAAAAUCGUACAAGAUCGUCACAAAAUCAUUCAAUACAUUAUCUUAAUAGUAAAAAAUAAACAUACAGUAAUUUGAUGUAUACACCUCAAAAUCGUACAUUGUAUGCUAAAAUUGUAAGAGUAAACAGGUCUGCAGUAAUGGUAAUACAUUCCGCCUUUGAAGGCACUAGUAUUUUCACUGUAGUGCUGUUUAAAUUUUUGAAUAUUUCCAGAUUUUGGGGGUUAAAUUUGAAUUUUAUUUGUUACUUUAUAAAAAAAACUGGACAUGUGAUUUAAAAUUAUUUUAUUUUCCUAAUGAAAUUUUUAAUACUAUGAAAAGUAAUUUCAAGCUUUGUAAUAUUAUAAAAGAAAUUAUUGAAAUUCUGCAACAUUUAAUUCAUAUCUCAUAUCUGCUUCCUUGUUACAUUCUCCCAAUAAAUUUCCAAAUAAUUAUUAAUUUUUAUGCUUUCAGAAGGAAUUCAAACCAAUAAAAUAUUUCUCAAUUGAUCGUGUGUUCCGAAAUGAAAAUUUGGAUGCCACCCACUUAGCAGAGUUUCAGCAAAUAGAAGGACUUGUAGCUGACCGUGGACUCUCCCUUGGUGACCUGAUGGGCACCAUCAAUCAGUUCUUCAGUAAACUUGGUAUGUCUUUAAUUGUGUAAUAUUGGAAGGACUGCAUUCAGGUUGAAGUAACAUAACAUAUAGAACACGUGUUAGUUAGUGGAAAACCUGAAGAAAGACAAAACAAAACAGCGACUGUUUCAGCAGAACGCUUUCGACAGCAAAAAAGACGGAGCAUGGUGUAUAACAGAAAAUAAAAAAAUGACAGAACUUAUCUGUUAGUAAGUCUGCUGCUGUUUGUGUGCCUUUCUUCAAGUUUUGCCCUACCCUGUGUGAAAUAUUUUUUAUUGCUUUGCAGUUUUGAUUUUAAUAUAUAAAAUUUCUAAGUUGUUUUAAUUUACACAAUGAUAACUGAAAUUGCUUAAAAAUGUGAAUGAUGUUUUUUGUUUGCUCUAGGUAUAACAAAGCUUCGCUUCAAACCAGCAUACAACCCAUACACUGAACCUAGCAUGGAAAUUUUCAGCUACCAUGAAGGUUUGUAAUCAUCGACAUACAUAAUUCUCUAUGUAACAAUGUCCGUCACUAAUAUUAAGGUUCAAUAGCGCACAAAAUAAAAUUCCUAACUGCACCAAAAGAGGUUCUUAAAAUAUAGCAAUUACAUUAGGUGUAAUAUUUUCCUUUGUAUUACUUUUAAUACAGUUCAGGGGCGGUGACAUAUGGAGGAAGCACUAAUUGGGAAUCUUAUACAUUUGUUACUUAAAUGCAUGCUUUGUCAAGUAACUUCAAUUAAAGUUGGGAAAUUCAUGCUUUGUGGUCACCAUUAUUUGGCGGGCUAUAACUAGUUUAACAUAAUUCUAUUUCUAUUUACAGAAAUUAUCUUUUUUAAUAUAUUUUUUCAUGUCACACCUCACUCCUCUUGUAGGUAGAUUGUAUUCAGUGCAGUAUUGUCAUACACAAAACUAUCAUAUUAAUGCUUCUAAAAAGUUAACAUUUCCUGACUAGUGCUAUCUCUUUGUUCAAAAAAAAAAAGGAUUCUACUAUUCUGUGAAUGUCUUGCUACAAACUAAUUUUCAGGGACAACAAAAAACUCAAAGAUUUUCAAAAUUGAAAACAAAAUUUAUGAUGCAAAAGUUUCCAUUUAUUUGGAUAAAAAAAAUCAUCCUAUCUUUUCUUAUUAUUGCCAUAAUUUAAGCUAUUUCACUAGACACCUUUGUAGUCUGGUAUAAUUGGCUACCUAUACCUCAUUUUAUAAUAAACUUCAAAACUCCAUUUCCUUCUAAAAAAUCUAUUUACUUGUCUGUAUUUUAGGUACUAAUUCUAACAUUCUCUCUAAAGGUUUAAAGAAAUGGGUAGAAGUUGGAAAUUCUGGGGUGUUCCGCCCAGAAAUGCUAUUGCCCAUGGGCUUUCCCAAUGAUGUUUCUGUCAUAGCUUGGGGACUUUCUUUAGAGAGGUAACUUACCUUACUUUCAAAUUCUGCAAUAUUAUGCUUUCAUUAAGUAAUUUCUUAUAAUAUAUAUAUAAAUAACAUGACAACAAAAUAUUUGGAUUAACUUGCAUGUAUAAAAUAACUCUUCAAUGAAUUUGGUGACAAAUGUAUAUAGCUAAAGAUUUUCACUCAAUUAAUUUUUUUAUUGAAGGAAGUGUUAGUACAAAGUUAAAUUUAUUUUCAGGCCAACUAUGAUCAAGUAUAAAGUGGACAACAUUAGAGAUCUGGUUGGACCCAAAGUCAAUUUGAAAAUGGUUUAUGAUAACCCAUUAUGUCGUCUAGAGAAAUAGUGAACUCUCUUUAAUUUUUAUGUGGUCUUCUUUAGUGAGGCUGAAGUGAAAGAAAGUAAUACUUCCCUGUGUGUGGUUGUUUUGAAAGGAGAUUUAGGUAUUUUAUUUAUAGUUUUCAGCACUGACUACAUUUGAGUUUUUCUCAAUGAAUAAUUAAGCUAACUUAUUUAGUCUUAUCUUUCACACUGGGCUAAAAAUAUUUAGAGCUUCUUACACACUAGCAAAACAGUAAAUAUGUUGGAUUAUGCUCCUACUCCUAAUUAAUCUAGGUACAGUAAGAAGAAGAAUUACUUAUGGAAACUGUAUCACUGCUAGAACAUAAACAUAUGUGGUUAUAACACAUAUAUGCAUCUAUGUCAUUGAAAUUAGUAAGACCAAAAAAAAUGUGCAAGUUAUUUAGAUAUGCUGCAGUCCAGUGUUUUUAUUUAUGCAAGUUAUUUACUCCACCCACCUCCAAAAAAAAAAUAAAGAACAUUUAUUAAAGAAAAGCAGUUGACUUAUGAAAAUUCUUAUGUUAAAAUGCUUUUAAAAAAAAUUUCAUUAUGACAACAGAAAUGUGCAGUAGUGCAUUUACUUUUGUGAUUGAGCUGUGAUUCGCUAAUCAUUAUAACAAUGCAGAAGAAAAAAAUACUUUUAGGUUAAAAACUUAUUACAAUAGACUAUGAUGAAACUUGCACUCCCAUAAACAAAACGUCUCUGUAACUCUCUAAUCACAUCAAAUAGGUUCUUUUAAUUAUUCAGGUGGCACUAAAAACCAAAUAAUAUAAAAACACUAGGUUGAAUCAUGUGACAGAAAAUGCACUUUCCGCUAAUGCGAAUUUUGAAAUAUUUUUACAGUACACGAAAAAGCACUGUAUUUCCCUAAAUUUGAAAAAAUUCAUUUUUUUUAAAAAUCGGACUUAUAUGUUAAGAGAAGCAAUGAAAAAUGUCUGUCUUUUUAAAUAUUCGAAGAUAUAGUUUUUAAAUGGUAUUGGUAUCCCAAGGCAAAGAUUAUAAAUGUACUUAAGAAUGAAAAAAAAGUAAGAGUUAUUAUCUUUAUUUUUUUUUUCCUUAGAAUUAGAAGUGAUAUAUUAGUCUAGAAGUUUACACUAUAAAAUUUAUAUACAUUUUCAUACCGAAAGUAACAUAAUCCUUGCACAAUUUUAACCAAUUUAGAGUUAGAGAUAUCUUAUUAUUUUAUUUUAAAAGUGUGUGAAUUCUAUGAUCCGACGACCUAAGGUGAUUUGGUUGAUUUGUGUUAUAACUAGUCUUUAGUAAAAAUUAACAAUAAACCAAUCUUAUGUUAUGACUAUACUCUCAGCCCUGUGAGAGCAUGUUUUUAAUUAACUAAAUUUUGUGUUCUCUGUGUUUGAGUAUUAGUUAUGUCCCCUUUAAUUUUCAUGUCAUUCUAUGAUUUGAUGGAUGCUGAUUUCCAAACUGUUCAACCUUGUGCUAUUAAAUGAUCCUGGUCAAUUAUGUUAAUGAGCAAUAAACUAUUUUUAAUUACUGUU